AUGGCUUCAGCAUUGGAAGUGGCUAAUUGCAUUCGCUGUCUCGCGGCGGAUAUUGUCCAAGGGGCGAAAUCAGGUCACCCCGGCACCCCCAUGGGGAUGGCCCCCGUGGCGACGGUGCUGUGGACUGAGGUGAUGUCUUACCUCGGCUCGGACCCCAGCUGGCCCGAUCGCGAUCGUUUUGUCCUCUCCAACGGCCACGGCUGCGCGUUGUUGUAUUCCUUGCUCCACAUGUCUGGCUACGCGCUCGGGAUGGAUGAGUUAAAGCGGUUUCGCCAGAUCGGCUCACGCACCCCAGGGCAUCCCGAGCGGGGGUGGACGCCCGGGGUGGAGGUCACGACAGGGCCGCUCGGACAGGGUAUUGCGAACGCCGUCGGGCUCGCGAUUGCCGAGGCCAACCUCGCCGGGACCUUCAACCGCCCCGAGCUCGAUAUUGUCAACCACUGGACCUAUGUCUUCUGUGGGGAUGGGUGUUUGAUGGAGGGGAUAUGCGUUGAGGCCCUCUCCCUGGCUGGGCACCUUUGUCUGGAGAAGUUGGUGGUGGUGUACGAUAGCAACCAAAUCACCAUUGAUGGCUCCACCAGUCUCGCUUUCACGGAGAAAGUUCGGCAAAAACACGAAUCCAUGAACUUCCACGUAAUUGAGGUGGAUAAUGCUGAUAAUGACUUCACGGCAUUACGAAAUGCCUUCACUGAGGCCAAGUCAGUGCGCGGAAAGCCCAAGUUUAUCCUUAUCAAGACGACCAUUGGUUAUGGGUCGAAGCUUCAGGGCACAGAAAAAGUACACGGCGCGCCACUCGGCGAUGAGGAUAUUGCGGUGCUGAAGCGCAAAUUUGGACGCGACCCCAGCAAAAAGUACUACAUUGAUGAUGCCGUGUACGAGGUCUUCCGCAAGCAUGCGCAGAAGUGCGAACAAACGCAUCGCGAGUGGGACGAGAAGAUGGCGAAGUACACAAAGCAAUACCCCAAGGAGGCUGCCGCCUUUAAGGCACGGAUGAAAGGAGAGUUGCCGACGGGAUGGGAUGCGACGCUCCCGCUAAACGACAAGCCGGUGGCGACGCGUAAGGCGAGCGAGAACUGCCUUGCGGCUCUACUGCCGGCCUUACCCUUUAUUAUUGGCGGCUCCGCGGACCUCACGCCGAGCAACCUAACCCACCCGGCCUCGGCGAACCUGUGCGAUUUCACCCCCUUGACGCCGGAAGGGCAGUAUGUUCGCUUUGGGGUGCGUGAGCACGGGAUGCUUGGGAUCGCCAACGGGAUCGACGCCCACGGGGGGCUUCUGCCCUACACGGGGACGUUUCUCACGUUUUUUGGCUACGGCCUUGGUGCGCUGCGGCUGGCGGCGUUAAGCCAUCAUCACGUGAUCUACGUCGCGACCCACGACAGCGUCGGCCUCGGCGAGGAUGGGCCGACGCACCAACCCGUCGAGAUCGUUGCGAUGCUGCGAGCGAUUCCCAAUUUACUCGUCUUUCGCCCCACCGACCAGACGGAGACGAGUGGGGCCUGGGCCGCGGCGAUUCGCGCCCAACACCGCCCUUCCAUUCUUUGUUUAAGCCGGCAAAACACCACCCCCCAGCCCACUUCUUCUUUGGAGGGGGUGGAGAAGGGGGCCUACCCCCUCCGCGAGGUGGAGAAUCCCCAGCUGUUGAUUCUCUCCAGCGGUGCGGAAGUCGGGAUCGCAAUGGAGGCCGUCGCGCUGCUGUCGGAUUUGAGGGUGGGGGUGGUUUCGAUGCCCUGCCAGGAGCUUUUUGAGGAGCAGCCGAGGAGAUAUCGGGAGUCCGUCAUCCCAAAUGGCAUCCCCGUCAUUUCUGUUGAGCCCUACGUCUCUUUUGGAUGGGAGAGGUACUCGCACGUUCAUGUGGGGAUGACCGGGUUUGGGGCCUCCGCUCCGGGUGAAGUGCUGUUUAAACACUUUAAUAUCACCCCUGAGAAGGUCGCCGAGGUGGGUCGCAAGUUGAUUGAGCGCUUUCCGAACGGAACGGCUCCUCUCAAGACGUGCCAUCUGUGA